UGUUGAAUUUGCUUCUUGUCUACCCUGAUGUAAAUUAGAGGAGUACUGAGGGGUUUGUGCCUUAUGUGGCUGCAUCUCUUUUGAGGCGCAGCCCGAUCCAAGCCCUCAGGAUGGAGUUUCUAGAUAUGACGGACAUCUUUGAGGAGAAAAGUGAAGAAGUAUCUGUGGUAGGCCCAACGCUGUUCCCUGCCCCUGGGGUGGCUGGAGGAGGGCUGGCAGCGCCGACUUUGCCCUGCGAUAAUUCGAUCUGAGUCAUCGGGUGUCUGUAAGAGCAGCGUUAACUUCCGCGCCCGCUUCUUCCCUGUUGCCUUUGCCACUGUAACCCAGGAGGAGGUUUCUGCCCGUUGAGGUUUUUAGCCCAAAUUGAGAUGCAAGUAUGGACAUAAUAGCCUAUGAUGAUUACUCCACUCCACCGCUUCAGAGAUAUUGAAAGGACACCUGAAUACCUCCAGCCAGAAAAGUGUGUUCCACCUCCUAGCCGCGCUUCCCUGGGAACAAUGUGGUUUAUUCGAGAUGGCUGUGGUAUUGCAUGUGCUGUCGUUACCUGGAUGCUGGUGUUCUAUGCCGACUUUGUAGUCCUUCUUGUCAUGCUAGUUCCAUCGAGAGAUUAUGUUUAUAGUGUCAUCAAUGGCACACUGUUCAACACCUUGGCUUUCCUCGCUUUGGCUUCACAUUUUCGUGCUAUGCUGACAGAUCCAGGUGCUGUACCCAAAGGUAAUGCCACAAAAGAGUUCAUUGAGAGUUUACAGCUAAAGCCAGGACAGGUGGUUUACAAGUGCCCAAAGUGUUGUAGCAUCAAACCCGACAGAGCACAUCACUGCAGUGUUUGCAAGAGGUGCAUUCGGAAAAUGGACCACCACUGCCCGUGGGUCAAUAACUGUGUAGGAGAGAAUAACCAGAAGUACUUUGUACUGUUUACAAUGUAUAUAGCACUGAUUUCCCUGCAUGCCCUAAUCAUGGUGGGAUUUCACUUCUUGUACUGCUUUGAAGAAGACUGGACAAAAUGUAGUUCCUUCUCUCCACCAACUACAGUGAUUCUACUCAUCCUCUUGUGUUUUGAGGCUCUCCUAUUUCUCAUCUUCACCUCAGUUAUGUUUGGGACCCAAGUACACUCCAUCUGCACUGAUGAAACGGGUAUUGAGAGACUUAAAAACCAAAAGCCAACCUGGGAGAAGAUCAGCGGCUGGGAAGGAAUGAAGCUGGCGUUUGGAGGUGCCUUCUCCCUGGGUUGGUUUAACCCUUUCUCAAACCUGAACUGCGAGAGCUCAGCGCCAGCUGAAGCGGUGGCAGCAGCUCCUGCAUCUGAAAUAAUGACCCAAGAAGAAAUUGAGCAGUUUCUGGCUCGAGAUGUUGCCAUCCAAAUGUUGCGUGAAUAAGCAAAACGUCCUUCUCCUCCAGGAGAAGCUUUGAGGUGGUUUUUUUUUUUUUUUAAAUAAUUACUUGUGCUGGAGAUUUAAGGGUUGUUUUUAAACAUACUUUCUGGUGCAUUAAAAAAUUCAGGAGUAUUGGUCUGGAACAGACGCUACAGCACUAGCAGAAGCAAUGCAAAUCUCCAGAGAGAGCUUCAUAAGUGAUGGGGUUCAUAAGCUCCUUUUCAGACUGUGUCAACUGCUUUAUCCGUCUUUUCUUACAUGGCAUUUAAGGACAGUUUGUAAUUGUCAGAUAGAUUGGCUCCAGUUCCCAGAAAUGUGCCAUCCUGGGGAGUCUGGCUAAUCUUUUGUUCUUACAGCCCUAUGGAAGACUAAAUGUGUGAAGGCAAGAUUAGCCAGCUUUGCAAGUUUUCUGGAAAAAUGCAUCCUCUUUAGCCGAUCCCAUCCCCUCCCAUCCCAUGGGUGCUGGUUGUGGGUUAUGAAUGUUGCUAGUACACUGGUCUUAGCAGAGGUGGGAUGCAGGGCUAUGGAUGCAGCAGAUCGAUGAGCUCACUCUGGGUGUGAUUCCUUUGGGCUCUGAAAUAUCUCCAGGGGUUAAUUUUUACCUUCUGUGCUUGUGAGAAUGCCCAGUGCUUGUUGGAGGUGGUGCUGGGCUUGUGAUGGUGCUGGCGGGAGCAUUGACCCAUGCCAGUGCAGCCAAGAAGGGGCAAGUGUUGGCUGGGAUGCCGAGCUGCUGGUGCUGGUGGGGGGAAGCUUUUCCCAGGAGCUGUGGUUCAUUGGCAUGUAAGAUGUGUGGAGUGGGAGCUGCCUGGCUGAGCCCUGCAGCCCAGGGAGCAGGGGAGCAGUCUAGGCCAGGUACCAGGGCUAUUUUUGCAGUGAAAGAGAGGGCGAUGUGAACACCCUGUGAUGGAGGUACUACCUCUCUCUGUUUGACUUGUAUAAUUUAGAUGUUUCUCUUCUCUUGGUAGCUAGAGUUGGUAGAGGAUGAAUAAUGCCUCCUAAUCUAACUGGGUUUAACAUUGUACUACUAGUAUGUGCCAUUACUCCAGGUUUCCUUUCAGUAAUUUUGCAGCCAAUCCCUGGGGAGUGCUGGUGAACCUUUAGAAGGAACUCAAAGAGGGCAUCACUGCAGGAGGCAGUAGUUGCAGCAAAGUCCUGCAGAGGUGUUGCCAGCUGCUGCAUUCAGAUGCACUGCAAACACUUGGCAUCCUCCAGAUGUCAGGCUACUUUUAAUUUAGACUGUUCUUCAUCUGUGUUUUUGUUCCUCUUCUGUCAUAUCCCUUAAAUUAAUUGUCACUAAAUUUGCAGGAGACUAGAAAUAUGCUACUGGUUUCCCCCUACAGAACAUGCUUGCUUUUAUCUCCCCCUCCCCUGUAACCUGAACCAAAGAUAACUACUUCCUCUCAAAAGCAAGAGAAAGGAGUUUUUGGGAUGAAAGCAUGGUAUUGUGAAAGACCUAUAUGAAGUUUUUAUUAUUUAUAAGAGUAAUAUCAAAUGGAAUUUGUGCAAGACUUUUUUUUUCCUGUUUAUUUUUAACCCCUCAGAAAGCAUCUUUGUGUGCAUUGAUUGUGUGACAUUCAGGGCUACUGUGGGGGGAUGAGAUUAUCUCCUGGACUUGUCCUCUGCCACAGCAAUCCUUUUUUCUGGCAAAGGUAGUGGGAACAAAUAGAGUGCCUUGUCUGUUAAGAGCACAGCUUCACCAAAAUCCAGGGGAUAUUUCUGAAUAGUUGUCCCAUUCCCUAUUCCCUCUGGAUGUCUCUUUGUCAGUGAAAAGUAGAUCCAGAGAACAUCAUUAGGAAUUGUGUAUUUAUAACCUUUGGGAUAAAGGGAAAUACCCCCCCUUUGAGGGGAAAUGAGAUAUCCUCUCAUGUCAUUUAGUCAUGAGGUCUUGAAUGUCUUUGCCCUGUGCAGCAGGGUGUUGAGGGAAGAAGCUCUUCCUUCUGCACUAGCCCAUGUUCAUCCCUGUCAGCAUCCCCCAGGAAUGGGAUGUCAGGGACAUACACGGGUCUGUAAGGGAUUUCCUUAGGGAGGAAUGGGCAUGUUGAAAGAGGAAGAGUGCCCUUUUUAGAUCAUGUUUUCUAAUUUUGCCCUGCUGCUCCACCUCUGCAUCCAGUUAACACCCCUGCCUCUGGUGCUGUGUCUGCAGUGGGAAUGGUGCUAGAGGGAGGAACUAGUCCAUGGCUGAAAAUCACCUUGAGGCAGGCAUAUAGGGAUGUCAGCCUGGGAGAGAACCCAUGUGCUGCAUUCCAGGGAUGCUUCUCAGGACAGGGACCCUACUGUGGGACAUGGCUUUGGGUAGGCAUGGAUGGAGGCAGCCAGAUUUCUUCUCCACUCUCAAACCUGGUUCACUUCAUCAUAAGAACAGUUGUCGUUUGUUCUAUUUCCCACCUCUCCUGUUGUUCCUCAGGUGCUGAUAUUUCUGGGUUUGUUUCUUUUAAUAGGGGAAGGAGAAAAGUAGUGUGAAGAGGAGGGUAAGAGCCAGAGCAGUCAUCUCCUCUCCUCCAGUUACAGUCUGAAUGAGACAGGGAUGUGUCCCUGGGCCAUGCUCUCAUGGACAGCCAGCUCCAGCUGUGGUGCUCCCAAGACAUGGCAGGGUGACUUCCUAUGCCCAGCAAAUCAGUUCUGGUGUUUCUUGGCUGUCAGUCUCCCUUGGCCUCUCCCAAAGUCCCAGUACCCCUUGGUGUAUCUCCUUUCUGUCUCAAUGUAGUAUGACAACUGUCAGAAAUCGCAAGUCUUCACAAAUUGGAAAAAUCUGUUUUAUCCACAGCUUUUGUAUAAACUUCCUUUUUUAAGGAUUGACUGGUAGCUUGAGACCAAACAUGAUUUACAUGGAAUUGAAACUAAGCUCAGUGUUUACCUUCCUUUCCCUCUACACAUUUCUUGGCCUUUGUUAGAGCAUGCCCCCAUGUUCAGACCAUGCUGCUAUGGUCCUGGCUGGCUUGCCAGGUCCCAGGAAAGACGUUCUGGAGAGCCUGCUUGUAGUGCCCUAAAUUUGUGGGGCUAGGGAGGAUGCUGCCCCUGCACUGCUCAGUGGGACGUGGUCUGCUGAAGAUCCCAUCACUGCUGUGACGUGAGGUUAGUACGUGAUGGACAGAGUCGUGGCAUUUGUGGAAAGUGUUCUCAUACUUCUCACCUGGUGUCUUCUACAGCAGGUUUUCUAUGCAAAUAGGGAAUUUACAUCUCGUGAAGAAAUAUAUUUUUUGCUGUUUGUAAGUCCUUUUGUGCCUUUGGUCGCUGCUGUACUUUCUGAAGAGCUAAUACUUCAUCUGCCAAGCACCACCUGCUCCUCCCUACUCUGCAGACAUGAUGUGCAUGGACCCUGCACCCGCUCUGCCUGUGGAGAGGAGCUCCCACUCCCUGCUGUGCCACCACAGGAGGUGGCCUUUGGGGACCCUGUGCUGCUGUGGAGUGACACAACAAUGUGGGCAGAGGGGCAGCAGGGGUCAGGGCAGCCUUGACCCCCUUCUGUGGCCUGGCAGCCACCUGCGUGGUUGUCUGAGAGUUCCCCAAAUCUUUGAAACACAGAAAAGUGGUUAAAACUUCUUUGCCUUUUUAUGUCCUUUUUUGCCCUCUUCCCUUUUUAUGGGCUGGCACAUAACCAGAUGUAGUCACCAUUUAUUUUUUCUGCUCCACUGCCUUAAUGCUUAAGCAUUUGCCUUUUAAAUAAACAGAUAAAUUACUCCCUA